CCUUUGUUGUACUUUCAUUUCUUUUAAUAGAGAACCGGUAGUAACAAAAAAUAUAAGGCAGAUUGAACGAAUCAUUAACACAAUGGCAACGAAGCUAACACAAACUCACAGAGAUCAACAUUCCAAAUGGAUUGACCUGUCAACAAGACACAAGUUUACCUUACUGUACAAGAUCAGCCGUGAUGGAUGUAAUCCUGAAAUCUUCCAUCGUUACUGUGACAACAGGGGGCCGACAGUCACCAUCCUGUACAAUACCGACAAGUCGGUAUACGGGGGGUACACAGCUUUCGACUGGAAAUCAGAUACUGAAUAUGAGGCCGAUGCUCAAGCAUUCUUGUUUACACUAGAGCACAAUGGUACAGCCCAGGCAAUGAAGUUUCCCCACAAAACAGACGGAACAAAUGCGAUAUAUGGAAAGAGCAGUUAUGGGCCAACAUUUGGAGAUGGGCAUGACUUGUGUUGUUUCACUGCAACUAUAAAUAAAUCCGGAAAUAUUUUCCCAUUGGAUGGUAAGGUCGAAUCAAGCAAGAGUUAUGACAUGAAAGGACAAGACUUUAAUUCUUUGAUAAAUGGUCAUUUCAAUGUCCUGGAGUUGAAGGUUUACAGUGUUCAAGGUAGGUAUAUGAAACUCAGGGGGAUAUUUUCAAAUUAUAAUAUUGCAAUUACUAAAAUUGAUAAUGAAUCAAAAAGAAUGUUGUCUAUGUUAUAACUUUAUUAAUUUAAUUGGCGUGGCUUUCAACUACUUACAUGAGUACCCAACGGGCGAAACAAUACACGCAAACCACAUGUCAUAAAGUACCCAUUUCAAAUGCUGUGUUCAUUUCCUCACUUAACAAUAACUAUGCUUACGAAUUAUUUAUGAUUUCCCGGCAUUUUUAAAACAGAUAAUUAGUGCUACUCAAAGACAAGUUCAAGAAGUUAUUAAUAUAUUAAGAUUUACCACCGAUUCCUGUAAGAAAUAUAUUAGUUUUGGAUAUCGAAAUGUAAGUAAAAGAUACUUUAUAUUUUUGCUAUAUCUCUCAAGAAAGUGAAAUAUUUCUAAGUGUGAUGCAAUGGAAAACAUACUUUACCUCAAUAGCUUAUAUUAUCAGAAAAUAAUUUGCUUUAACUCUGUAAAAAAAAAACAUACAUAUGUAUAUAUAAUGUUUUGUGUUCCUUUCCUCGUAUAUUGUUUUUACUGCCAUGAACAAUUUUUUUUUCAAAAUCGAAUAAGGGGUCGAAAUUCUGUAUAAAAUGGGCACAACAUACUUAAGCACACGAUCUUCUGCUUUUCAAGAAACAUAUAUGAAUUUCAUGUUUAAAUGUAUGCGAGGGAGAAAUGAUGUUAAGGUGCAGACAUACUAAAGGACCGGUCACACUGUCACAAGUUUGGCCCACAGUUUGUGGCAAUAUACCUCGCCACAACUCUUCAGGUAUCGGUUAGGACUCGAACACAUCUAUGCCUGUCGAAGAGAUGUCUAUUCAUGUCGCUAGUUCUCGGCAAACAUCGGCGAGAAUUUGAACGGUUUUAAAUUGUCGUGCAAGUUUUAAUCUCGUACAUGGGUGAUGGUGGACACCUGUCGACACGUAAAAAGUCGUUCUACUAGUUUUGCAUGCAACAUGCAACGAGUUUGCACGACUUCUUUCAACAUAUGUACGAAUUUUACGUGUUCUGCGAAAAAAUUCCUCGACAUUGCUACGAAUUCUUGCGAGUUUUGGUGAUUCUUAUAAGGGGUGUACAUUUAUUGUAUCACCGUCAGUUCUCCUGCAGACUCCGAUUACUCCUCAUCACUUUCUCAGUCAUGCGCCCAAAGUAAAAGGUGCUAACAACAAAGUAUGUGAAGGACUGUAUGAAAAUACACCCAAGUUCCCAAAUAUCGUCAUUUGUCGUACAUUUUGUAGUAGUUCACUCGUCACAACUCGUCCAAAAUUCUUACAAACGUUGCCAAAACUCGACUUGAUACGCAUAAUUUCGAACAUUCUCGUGCAAAGGUCUUCGGUUGUUGAGAAAAUGUUGUACGGAUGUUGCCCAAACUCUUGUUAAAAAAAUUAUCUUACUACUCUCAGUGUCGGGGAUAACUUGAGCAGGAAUUGAACUGAUGUCCCAUUCAUUAAAAGCUAUCGCAAAUUCUUGGAAAUUGCGUCGGGUUGUAACUCGCCAGCACUCGUGGUAACUCGUAGCCCAAAAACGUGACAGUUAUUCAGGGUCUGAAAUUUAAAAACGAAAAAGGCCUAACCCUGUAUACAGUGGGUAAAGAGCAAAAUACCUUUUGUGGUAUUUUAGCAUCCCAACUUACAUACCGAUUGUAAGUUUGAUGAAUGAAAGUGAUAUAACAAGAACGUUUCGUUCCAAAAGAUUUUUGGUUUAAAAAAAAGUAUGAUACCUUAACAUGCACUUAAAAUUCUGAAAAGCUGACUAGUUCGUGCCAUCUUGUAUAAUUAAAAUCUGUAUCAAGUUCCAUGCUCAAGUUAUAUUCCUAAAGAUAUAUAAUCCAUCCGAUGAGGAAGGUUGGGAACACUGGGUUAAAACUAUUGAUCUAAAUUUCAGUCAUAAUUUUUUUUAUGGAUCUUUAAAUAUCCUAAUUUGCUGUUUACGACAGGAAAAAAACUGACGCAUAUCAAAAUCUGCUUCAAAUGUGUUUUAUAUGUGAUAUUCAAUAUGAAAUAGUUGGUAAGAUACCUUUGAGAUAUUGUCUGUAAAAGAAAUGAAUUAA